AUGAAGUCGUAUUCUGAACAAGACCUCCAGGAAGCCAUCGCUGCCAUAGCCAAUGGGGCAGGGAUCAAGGAAUCCUCCCGGGAAUUCGGUAUUCCCAAAUCGACACUUCAGAAUCGAAUACGAGGUCACCAACCAAGAUCAGAAGCAUUUGCGAACCAGCAGAGGCUUCUACCAAGUCAAGAAGAGUGGUUGUCAACGUGGAUACUGGCCCAGGACGCUCUAGGGCUUGCCCCAACGCACGCCCAGGUUAGGGAAUUUGCCGAGCGUGUCCUCCACGCCCAAGGAGACACUCAACCACUUGGGAAACGCUGGCUACAAGGCUUCCUACGCCGGAAUCCUAAUAUAUUGACCCAGCGGAGUAUUCCCAUUGAUUCUAAGCGUGUUAAUGGUGCUACCGUCGAGGUAAUUCGGCCGUGGUUUAAUCAUCUCCAUGUCCCGCUAGUCAAAGCCAUCAAACCAGCUAAUCGUUAUAAUAUGGACGAAGCAGGACUCUUAGAAGGUGUAGGGACCAAUGGAUUGGUCCUCGGUAGUGCCCAGAAACGCUCAAUUCGAAAGAAACAGCCUGGUUCACGAGCUUGGACUUCCUUUAUCGAAUGUAUCUCUGCCCACGGUCGUGCCCUCCCUCCAUUAGUCAUUUUCAAAGGCAAAUCGGUCCAGCAACAGUGGUUUCCCAUCGAUUUAAAGGACUAUAAGGACUGGCACUUCACGGUAACUGAUAAUGGGUGGAUAUCAAAUCCUACGGCAGUCGAAUGGCUACAGAAGGUCUUCAUCCCGAACACAACACCUGACAACCCUAAAGACUUCCGUCUUCUAAUUAUGGAUGGUUACGGUAGCCAUACAGCCACAGAAUUCAUGUAUCAGUGCUAUAGCCAUCGAAUUCUGCUUAU